GUUCUCUUCUGGUUAGUGAGCGGUUAGCUGGUUAGCGCUGGAUUAAGACCAAAGACUAUAGACAUUAACAAGACGCCGCAGUUGAAUUGAUAUUAACGGGGAAUUUGCAACGGAUUACGUCCGUUUAAGUGAAGGAAGUCCCGCCUUCCAGUAGAAAGAGCCAAUCAUUAUUCGCUACAAGCAAGUCCCAGACACCUCGGAUUUAUUGUAUUUCCCACAUUUACCAUCCUUUGGAUUUAGUAAUAUUAAAACAUUAUCGGUAAUAAUGAUUAAGUGACAUUAAGACAGGAUUUAUUAACAUUAAACAUCGACAUUGUAGAGAUGAUUUGUGAGUUGAGGUGGAAAAUAUCCUUAAUACAAGUUGUCUGGAACGGAAUUAGACCCAGUGAGGUGUUUGCCAUAAAGACAAGUGUCUAAUAAAGUGAUUCGUUUUCACAAGCUAAUCCAUACAUCGCCCAUAAAACCCGUCUACACACUCAAGAAUAUCGGAUUUGGUCUCGUGUGAGUGAAAUAUCUGCCGGUCGGGGGAGUGAAUAUAGCGGUCGCGUGCAGAGACUUUACGUACAGAGACUUGGCGCUCAUAAUCGCGUGAAAUACAGAACAUCUCAAUGUUACAUGGGCUAAAUACACUCGUUUAUUGAACAUGAAUCAUGUAACAUAUACUUACACGUCAACAUUUCAAACAAAUGAACUGUUGUGACUUUCCUCAUUACUUUACCAAGGAGCCUGGGAUGUGUCGUGUUUCUGAGGCAGCGUGGAGUCUGAAGACUCGAGCUCUCACAGAGAUGGUUUACAUCGAUGAGGUUGAGGUGGAUCAAGAAGGAAUCGCAGACAUGAUGUUGGAUGAGAACUCUAUUGCUCAGGUUGCACGGCCUGGAACAUCUCUGAGAGUUGCAGGAACGGCUCAGGCUGGUGUACCCACUCCAGCUGUUAGACCCAUGACUCAGUCAGGACGACCCAUAACCGGAUUCGUGAGACCCAGCACUCUCUCUGGUAGACCAGAAACUAUGGAGCAGGCCAUCAGAACCCCUCGGACAGCACAGAUGGCCCGUCCCGUCACCAGCGCUUCUGGGAGAUUUGUUCGAUUGGGAACGGCCUCUAUGCUAACUAAUCCAGAAGGACCUUUCAUUCACCUCUCUCGCUUAAAUUUGGCCAAGUAUUCAAAGAGGCCGGAGUUGUCAAAGACCCUGUUUGAAUACAUCUUUUACCAUGAAAACGAUGUGAAAAAUGCGUUAGAUCUGGCUGCUCUUGCGACGGAGCAUGCUCACUUCAGAGACUGGUGGUGGAAGGUUCAGCUGGGCAAAUGUUAUUACAGGUUGGGUUUGUACCGUGAGGCUGAGAAACAGUUCCGGUCCGCUCUUGGUCAGCAGGAGUUUGUGGAUACUUAUCUGUACCUCGCAAAGGUGUAUCAGCGUCUGGAUCAACCAAUCACAGCUCUGCAGGUGUUUAAGCAAGGACUGGAUCAUUUCCCUGGAGAAGUGACCCUCCUGACAGGAAUCGCUCGCAUCCAUGAGGAAAUGAACAACAUCCCUUCUGCUACAGAGUACUAUAAAGAAGUCUUGAAACAGGACAACACACACGUGGAGGCCAUGGCAUGUAUUGGCAGCAAUCAUUUCUACACGGAUCAGCCUGAGAUCGCCCUGCGCUUCUACAGGCGUUUGCUGCAGAUGGGAGUGUUUAACUGUCAGCUGUAUAAUAAUUUGGGUCUGUGCUGUUUCUACGGUCAGCAGUAUGACAUGAGUCUGUCGUCUUUCGAGAGAGCUUUGUCUCUGGUGUCCAGUGAUGAAGAACAGGCAGAUAUCUGGUAUAAUCUGGGACAUGUUGGAGUGGGCAUUGGUGACUUGACUCUGGCAUAUCAAUGCUUUAAACUGACUUUGGCUUUCAACAACAACCACAGUGAAGCCUAUAAUAACUUAGCCGUACUGGAGCUCAGGAGGGGUCGUAUUGAACAGGCUAAAGCUUUCCUGCAGACGGCUGCUUCAUUGUCCCCUCACAUGUAUGAGCCGCACUUCAACUACGCAACCCUUUCUGAUAAGCUCGGCGAUCUUCAGAGCAGCUACAUGGCGGCUCAAAAAUCUGAAGAUGCUUUUCCUGAACACGUGGACACUCAACAGAUCCUGAAAAACCUCCGACAACAUUUCUCCACCUUAUAAGAUGACGUCAUGUGACUGCUGGAUGUUCUUCUGACAGCAUAAAUACUCAUAUGAUCAGAUGUAUUUAUGUAAACAAUAAGCUUUACUUACCAGUUGUUUUUCCAUAAGAUGCAUAAUCUCAUCCCAAACUUGCUUUGUGUUUGUUGUCAAUAUUUAAAACUGUUGAAACCUCAUGUGGGUUUCAUAUGAGAAUGAAAACACAACAUUAUAUGAAAUAUUUAUUAAAGAAGUGUUUAGUAAACCCAG